GACGGGGAAGGGGUAGAGGCCCUAGGUGCAAAGGAGCGGCGUUAGCGGGGGUGGUCCGGCGUGUCUCGGUCGACCAGAGGUAACUCGGGCACCAGGCACAAGUGGCAUAAGUGAACUUACCUUGGGGAUAGCCAAGUCGCGGAAGUUUAGAGAGACGGCUUCGAUUUGCACGAGGACGUCGUAGUCGCCCAGCUGUGGUAGAGGCACAUCCUUCUUGAGCUCGAGGGUGUCCCAGUUGCUGCUGUCCUUGCCGAUGCCGGUGAUGGACCAGGCGUUGGUUGAUGUUGGUGCCAUGAUGAGUGUUUGUAUGUGUGAUGAUCAGUCUAGGGCGAUAUUGUCCGAAUAACCUUUUAGAUUCUUCAACAAAAGAUGUCAGGGUCUUGCUUCGCAAACUUAGUCUUUAUGUAUCAUCGAUCCCAGAAAAAGAUUUCAAAGCAAUCGUGGGGUUUUCGAAGCUCCGAAGCUUCGAAGAGCGUCGACAUGACGCAAUGUCCACUUAUACCGUCAUAUCGGGUCCGGCAAUGCGACCUUCUUUCGCUCUGGAUUCCACUGACUCGAACGUUUUGAACCGUCGACACCCCAGCUUAGGAGCUAUAACCCCCCUGGCCGUGUCCAUUGACUUUCCGCCGCUAUUCCGCUUUUUGCCCCGGAGCCGCUCGGCAUUCACGCCAAUUGCCAGAUGCAAGCCAGUAUCCCCGGGUGCAGCUUAACCAGUUGGCAGUGGCAUACGGCGGCCAUUUGAUCUGUCCCCCGAUGGCCAACCCACCAAAAUGGCAUUCAGAGUGGCAUGAGAACCCAACGAUUGGAUCAUGUAUGCGUUGGACGGGCGUCGUGUUAUUUCUCCCGCGUCCACUGAUUUAGAAGCCC